AUGUCUGGAGUUUUUGACAGUCUCAGUACAGAUAUGCAUUCGAACCAGAUUACCUCGAACAGUUACCACAGCUUGCACAAAUCGCAGGAGUCCCCAACUCUACCAGUAUCGACUGCGACGGACAGCAGCUUUUACAAUAGCCAACAGCCUGGAUACUGCGCAGGGUCUCCAUAUGGCCAACUCGGACCUUACCAGUACCACAGCAGUGGUAUGAGCUGCGUUCAAUACAAUACCAAAUCAUACGACCUUGGUUUCAACUCUUAUGGCACCUACGGCUCCUAUGGUUCGAGUUCUUCACCGACUCCAACAGAUGCAGGUAAAUAACAUGUCAAUGCUUUCCUAUUCACAUUCGUAUUCUAUUAUAUGUAAGUUAUAUUAAGACCAAAAAUGUGAUGUGUUUUUAAUUAUUGUUCUUACAUGUAUUUAUCAGAGAAAGAAGAAAGUGAACCUGAAAUCCGAAUGGUUAACGGAAAACCAAAGAAGGUCAGGAAACCUCGAACUAUUUAUUCAAGCUUCCAACUGGCCGCCCUUCAACGGAGAUUCCAAAAGACACAGUACUUGGCUUUACCGGAGCGAGCCGAGCUGGCAGCCUCAAUGGGCCUUACACAAACCCAGGUUAGUGCAACUCUUAAUGCGUCCCGUUGCUGUCAAAUCCCUCAUCAGUCUGUGAAUAAUAUAAUCAGGCUCAGGCUGGCUACUUAUUUUAUAUAGGCUUGACAUUUUGCUUUAGACUGCUAUUUAUCUUUAUCCGGCAUUUGUUGUGAAUAGAUAGUUUGGUUAGGAUACGUUUUGAAAUAAGCUUCAGAACAAUAGUUACAAUGUGUUCCUUUUCAGGUGAAAAUUUGGUUCCAGAACCGUCGCUCCAAGUUCAAGAAGUUGUGGAAAAGUGGAGAAAUCCCCCCUGAGCAACAUGUGGCCUCCAGCGAGUCUCCCCCCUGUAACUCUCCACCCGCCACUGCCUGGGACUUUCCACAGAAUCAAAGAAUGAACAAUGUAAACUCCAGUUUACCUCAGAGCAGCAGCCCUCCAAAUACGACUGCGCCUUCUUUCUUGGCAAACUAUUCUUGGUACUCAUCAACGAACUCUGCAACGUAUCUUCAGGCUGGCCCGCUUGUCCAGCACCAGCACCACCACAACUCUGCCUUGAGCGCUGGGACAAUAUUUUAA